AUGGAGGCCGAGCAAAGCCAGCCGACUGGUGGGGAGCGGUCCGGAGGGCCAGAACAGUCUGUGUCGGAGCCCCCUUUGCGGGGCAGUCUACCCCAGUCUCCUUCCCCACAGCACCACCGACUGUUCCCUUCCCGUUCCCUGCAGACCCCCGGUCGACACCCCCUUCACCGGCAACACAAGAGGGGGGACCUAGAGCACCACUACCCCCGUCUGCAGCAACAGCCACCGUCGGCUUUUCAACUCCCUGGGAGCGCAGACCCAGAGAGGGUGACUGGGACGACAGCGUGGCAGUUCUCAGACUCGCCUGGACCCUCAGGCGGGGCUAUCCCCUCUUCUUCAUCCUCCUCUACCUCCAGAUUGCACCAGCAGUUGGUCCCACCCCCCCGUGCUGGUAAGGAAGCCCAGGAGGGGGUCCCCAGGAGGGAGCGCAAGCCUCAGAAGCCAGGCAAGUAUGUGUGCCAGUACUGUGGGCGGCCGUGUGCCAAGCCCAGCGUCCUGCAGAAGCACAUCCGCUCACACACAGGCGAGCGGCCGUACCCCUGCACCCCCUGCGGCUUCUCCUUCAAAACCAAGAGUAACCUCUACAAGCACCGCAAGUCACAUGCCCACCGCAUCAAAGCAGGGCUUGCCUCGGGCAGGGAAGGGUAUACCCCAGGGGGGCCUGAGGGUGGGCAGCCGGGAGUCGAGCAGGAGGAGCAGACGGAAGGUGAAAGCACAGAUUCGGAGGACGAGACGGGCCAGCACACUUCGUCUCCUUCUUCCUCCUUCUCCCAGGACCCGUAUGGGGGGCUGGCACCCCGCAAGAGUGCUAGUGCAGAGCAGCCUGAGGACUCGCACGCUGUAAAACAGAGGCUGGCCAUGCGGCUCAGCGAGAGGAAGAGAGCCCCUGUGGCUGUGCCGGACGACCCUGCAUCAUCCUUCCUGAGUCCCGGCAGCAAGGGCAGCACUGAGUCGGGAUACUUCUCACGCUCCGAGAGCGCAGAGCAGCAGCAGGGGAGCCCGCCCAGCGCCGACACCAAGAGCUACGCCGAAAUCAUCCUGGGCAAGUACGGGAGGAUGGGGCAGCAGCAGAGGAAUGUUCCCCCACAGCAGCAGCAGCAGCAUCAUCCUCCAUCUUCAUCCACACAGGAAGAGAAGGGCGUCCCCUUCUCAGUGCCCAAGACUCAAGUCAUCGAACACAUCACCAAACUCAUCACCAUCAACGAAGCCGUGGUCGACACCAGUGAGAUUGACAGUGUGAAACCCCGGAGGACCUCCCUGUCUAGAAGGGGCAGUCUAGAGUCACCCAAAGCUGUGGGACAGAAGGACCCUUUCCUGUUUGACCCCAAAGGAGAGUUUCCCAGCACCAGUAGCAGUAUAGGCUGCAUGGGGGUUGGUGUUGUAGGGGAGUCUCUGUACCCCCAGGUGCCCGACCCAGCUUUCCUGGCAGGCCUUUCCUCCACAGUGCCUCUACUGAGAAGCCACUCGAUGCCUUCCUCUGCAGACCCCAGCGCAGCCGCAGGCUCCUCUCACAGCUUCCGGCUAAGUCAUUCCUUCGACGAGCGGCAGGCCUUGGCAACAGAGACACGGGCCGGUACCUUGUUGCCUCCGCAUCAUCGCAUGCUCCGCCGGCAGCCUGCCAUCGAGGUUCCCUUGGGCAGCGAGUUCAUUCCGGAGAAGCCCUCCUCCUCCUGUUCAUCCACGUACAUUGCAGAUCCUGCGCAGAAGCAUCGACGAGGGCCACAGCUGUACAAGUGCGAGGCCUGUGGAGCCCAUUACAAGAAACAGGACAACUACGAGACUCACCGGCGCUACUACUGCCCUGUCCGUCCUCCACAAGCCCCCGAGAGGGAGCCGCUCCCCAGUGCUAACCGUGAAGACCGUCCACAGAUGAUGCAUCACAUGCUGGGGGCCUCGGCAGCAGCAGUGCGCAAGAGGAGGAAGGAGAAGAGCCUGGGAGACGAGGAGGAGCCUCCUGCCUUUGAGCCGAGCCCAGCAUCUGUGACAUCCAGCUCCUCCUAUUCCACCUCUCCCUACUCAGCCUCUGCUGGCAUCCCAAGCAGGCCCUUGGAGGAAAGUCGACAAGCAGCUGACAUCCUGGGCAGAGAGAGCUCUCUGGGGGCCCCUGUACAGUCAGAGCAGGACCGUAGAACCAUAGGAAAGAUCUCUGUCAUCCAGCACACCAGCUCUUUCGAGAAGCAGGAGACAGCCAGUGGGGAGAGUCAGGAAAGCAAUGAGAAGGGCAGAGGAUCUACUGCCUUAGAACAGCACCAGCAGCCCAAGCCGCCCACUUUCUCCAGGCUGGUCCGACAGUCCAACAUCCAGGUGCCGGAGAUCCUUGUGACUGAGGAGCCUGACCCAGAUGUGGUGCUGGCGACCCCCUCAGCUUCUGUAUCCAAGGAGCUGGAGAAGACUGAGGAGUUCCAGUGGCCACAGAGGAGCCAGAGCCUCUCCCAGCUCCCUGCUGAGAAGCUUCCACCCAAGAAGAAGAGACUCAGGCUGACAGAAGCUGCCCAUUCAUCAGGGGAGUCCAGCUUCGAGUCCAUCUCCCUCCCACGUAGCCCCAGCCAGGAGAGCAAUGUAUCCCACGCCUCUAGCCGGUCCGUGUCCUUCGAGGAAACAGGCAAGCCUCAGUCUGAAUCUCAGCUGACAGCUACCAGAGCCUCCCACGUGACCCACAUGCUGACUGUCCCCUCUGGUUCUCACCAGCAUAACCAACCCCACCGGGAGAUGAGACGCUCAGCUUCUGAACAAGCUCCCACCAGUGCUCAGCACCCAGCGCAGAUCGCAGAGGCACGAAGCAAGUCCUUCGAUUACGGCAGCCUCUCCCCUCAGUGCUCGUCGACAGCCUGGCAGGAGAGGCGGAAAUGCCUCCUGGUGAGACAGGCCACCCUGGGUGAGCCAGAGCCAGAGGAGCAGCCUGCGGGGCGGAGCAUCAAAGCCAUGCCACAGGUCUGCCUCGGGUACCACUCUCCAGCACCACCCGCCACUCAGCCUGGCCCAGCCUACCACUCCACAAUACUGAGCACAGACCCCUUAACCAAGUCUCUGCAGCUCUUCCCACCCCCUCCCUCGUGUGAGCACGCUUACCCUCUCCAAAGCCUUCUGCCACCACCCCCACCGACAUCUCUUUCUCAGGGGCAGGCUCCUCAGCUCUUCCCUGCUCCAGGGAUCUCAGAGGUUCUUUCCACCCAGGUAUUGCCCCACUCCUUCCUGCAGGCCUCCUCUCAAGUCCACCCUGCACAGCUACAUCCUGGAGAGCACUUGGGACUGCCCCUUCAGUAUCGCUCCGUCCUGCCCCUUCAGUACCCUGCAGGUGCUGCUCCGGCUCUCUUUGUUCCUGUGCCCCCUGGACUAGGCCUCCAGCCCACAAGAGAACCGUUCCGAGAAUCCAAACCCGUCACCUCCUCUGACCCUCAAGCGCCAAGCCUCCUCCAGCCCCCCAGACCAGUAAUCUCCUCCAGCGCAGAGCAGCUGAGGCCUGUGGUUUCCCUGGUAAUGCCCAUCCGCCUCCAGUCCCAUGUCCCCACCUAUGGCCAUGCCAUAUACACAACACUCUCCCAGGUCCUGGUCACUCGGGCCCAGGAGUCAGCCCACUCCACGGUGGUCAUUUGCAAGGUGGAAGAGGACAGGCCGCGGAUGCCCUACUUGAAGAUCCCCACGACAGAACUCAAAAUGUACCAUCCCUUGACCGUGCCGCUGGAGACUGGAGUGGGCAUGGCGACGGGAGAGGGGCACUGGCCUUCCACGGCCGGAGGCAACAAGCGCAUGCUCUCCCCAGCAGGCAGCCUGGAGCUUAGCGUGGAGGCACAGCGGCAGCAGAAACGAGUGAAGGAGGAAGAGGACGAGGAAAAGGGUGGCAAGGAAGAGGAGGAGCGAGAAGAGAAGGUGAAGGCAAUGCAGAGGGAGGAGGAGGAGAAGAAAGAUAAGGCAGAGGAGGUGGGGAAAGUUAAAGAGAUUCCACUGGAAAAACCUGAGCCGUCUUUGAAGGAAGAAAAGGGAGAGGAAAGCCAGAGAGAGCCUUCCCAAGCUAGGGGUCCUGACAGCAAGAAGGACCCCCCCUACCCCAGCCUGCACACUACCACCACUGUCAGCUGGUGCUACCUGAACUAUGUAAAGCCCACCCCCGGGCCCCAGAGAGACCCCCACAGCUCUGUCUACUCCUCCUGGAGCAUCAGCUUGCACAACCCCAACCUCCCCGGCCUACCCACCAGGGCGGCGCUCUCUUUGCUGUGCUCCAAGCAGAAGCACAGCCCAGAGACCUACACCAUGGCCACUGGCCUGCACCCAGCUGCUGGCAAGCUGGUUUCUGCCAACUCCAGGAAACCCAAGAUGUCCGAGGUACAUCUCACUCCCACUCACAGUGUGGAAGAGAAGGAGGAGGAGAAGAGGGAGAAGAAAGAGCAAGAGGCAUCCACCUCCAAGAGAGCUGAGCCAUCCCGAAUCCCAAUCUUCGAGGGCGGGUACAAGUCCAAUGAGGAGUAUGUGUAUGUGCGCGGGCGAGGCCGUGGGAAGUACGUGUGUGAGGAGUGUGGGAUCCGCUGCAAGAAGCCCAGCAUGUUGAAGAAACACAUCCGCACACACACCGACGUGCGGCCAUACAUCUGCAAACACUGCAACUUCGCCUUCAAAACCAAAGGGAACCUGACGAAACACAUGAAGUCGAAGGCUCAUGGGAAGAAGUGCCAGGAGAUGGGCAUGUCCGGCUCCUCCCUCGACGAGCUGGAGGCAGAGGAAGGAGGCCCUGGUGGUUCCGAGGAGCAGGAUGAUCACCAGUUCUCAGACGUGGACGACUCUGAGGACUCCGAAGAGAACGAGGAUGAAGAGGAGGAGGAGGAGGAAGAGGAGGAGGAGUCUCAUGAGGAUCCACCCUCCUCCAUCUCCCCUGACAACAGACAUUCCAGCCCCCGGGAGAGGGAGCCCCCAGCAGGGCCGCCCGAGUACCUUUCUCCUCGGAGACACUGGCCCUCGGACCGCGAGGCCUCACCGGGCAGCAAGAGGGCACUGUUCUCACGUCGGCACUUGGAGGCGUCUCCCCUGCGCUGCCUGUCCCCGGGAAGGGAGGAUCUCUCCUCACCCAGCCGGCACCUCUCCCCAGGGCCCGAGACCGGCCCCUCCCCCUUCCGGCCACGCUCCCCGGGCAAACUGUCACCACGACGACUGCAUUCUUCUAUCGCCACGGAGACGGCAGCCUUGUGGUACGAGAGGGCUCACUGCUCCUCCUCCUUCACUGUCCAGCCGAGCACAGAGUGGAGCAGGAUCCUGGUGUGGACUGGAUCUCGCACCGCAGCCUGUGGACCUCUGCUUUGUGUGGAUCAGAGCAGAAUCCUGGUGUGGACUGGAUCUCGCACUGCAGCCUGUGACCCUCUUUGCAGCAGUAAGCAGGAACUCCCUCCUUCCAUGUGGAGCUCCAGGAGGAAUAAUCCCACCCUAGUAUUCAGAUCUGGUGACCCCGGGGAGAAGCAUCAGGCGAUGAACUCCACAUAG